UUUCGCUGAACCGAAGAUACUGAGCUCCGGGAGUGGGGGGCAGUGCACUUGACCCGGCCGCCCCCCACCGGACCCGGGUGUGACCCGGGUCCCGGUCCCGAUCUCGAGAGUCGUGGACAGGCCGUCUCGGCCGCCCGCAGAUCGGGAAGGACGAAGGCACUAGAAGAAGAGGGGUGUGGGCCAGAGGGGGCACCCACUGCCAUGCCUGAGGCCCAACCUGAUUCUCCACCUGCCCCACCUAAACCUCCAGUGCUUGACCUCUUCAACUUGGUCCUGUUUUAUAAGAGACUUGUAGUCUACUUAGAGCCUCUCAAGGAUGCAUUUGAUGGGAUCCUCUACUUGCUCAGGUGGCAGACACCAGUGUGUUCUUUGCUGACCUGCCUGGGCCUCAAUUUCCUCUUCCUAACUCUGAAUGAGGGUGCCUGGUACUCUGUGGGUGCCCUGCUGAUCUCUGUGCCUGCCCUGCUAGGCUACCUGCAGGAAGUGUGCAGGACCCGACUCUCUGAGACUGAGCUGAUUCGGAGGAAAUAUCAUAGUGUGAGGCAGGAGGAUCUACAGAAGGUCCGGCUGUCCCGGCCUGAGGCUGUGGCAGAGGUGAAGACCUUCUUGAUCCAGUUGGAGAACUUCUUGAAUCGCUUGUGCAAUAGUUGCGAAGCUGUCUAUCGAGUGCUGUACUGGGAGAACCCAGCUGUGUCUUCACAAUUCUAUGGGCUUCUCUUGGGCUCCAUCUUUGUGCUGUACCUGUUUCCCCUGUGCUGGAUCCUGGCCCUCCUCAACAGUACCCUCUUUCUGGGAAACGUGGAGUUCUACCGAGUGGUGGCAGAAUACCGGGCUUCCCUGCAACAGCGAAUGAGCCCUCAGCUUCCAGAGAACACUGAGGAAUGUUUGGAAUCAGACAGUGGGGGAAAAGGAGUGUUGCUGGACUGUAGUUCAACCCCUACUCCCACCGAAGACCUCACACCAGGCAGUGUGGAGGAGGCUGAGGAGGCUGAGCCAGAUGAAGAAUUUAAGGAUGCUAUUGAGGAGACCCACCUGGUGGUGCUGGAGGAUGAAGAGGGAUCUGCGUGCAGUGUGGAAUAUGAUCUGGCCCUACACGACAAUGGUUUUAUGAGCAAGAAUGAAGUGAUUCGCAGCAAGGUGUCUCGACUCACUGAGAAGCUCCGAAAACGAUAUCCUACCAACAAUUUUGGAAACUGUACAAGCUGCUCGGCUACCUUUUCAGUGCUGAAGAAGAGGCGGAGCUGUAGUAACUGUGGAAACAGCUUUUGUUCCCGGUGCUGCUCCUUCAAGGUCCUCAAGUCCUCCAUGGGAGCCACAGCCCCUGAAGCACAGAGAGAGACUGUAUUUGUGUGUGGCUCAUGUAACCAGACCUUGAGCAAGUGAGAAGAGAGAGACCUGGGGUGGUCCUUGUGGGCCCACCCUGCUCACCCUCCUCUCCUGAGCCUGCUCCAGAGGCUACCAGUUAGAUUCUUCCCAGAUCCCUCAUCCCAGUGUGUGGAGGUUGCUGGGCCAAGCUGGGUAUGAACAUUGGAUAGGUGCCUCCCCUCUCUCCACCUGAGAGAUACCUGCCCUGGGGUCACUGAUGACCUUUCCAGCUUCUCUUUGUAUUCCCUUGGGUGAAUGGAAUGAUAGCUCUCCUUAAAAUCUCUGUGUAGGGUAACCCUUAGAUUGCUAGAGGUGUCUGCUGGGAUAGUGAAGUGUAGGGGAAGCAGGAUCAAAUGGGGAAUUAAAGUGGGCAGCAGUGAGUGAAGUCAAAUCUUGGCCUGAUUACUUGGCUUAACCUUCACCCUGUGGCCUUCAUUAUGCUGGGAGCUGUGGAACGAACUGGAACCCCAGAGCUAGAAAGGAACCUUCUUUGGACAUUAUCCUGUAGGGACAGAAACACCUAAGUACUUGGCCCCAGGUGACCUUCCAAGAGAGCUUGGGUAGAGAUGGUUUAGUGGUUACUGUAGCCCCUCCAUGCCAUUUCAAUGCACCUACAAGGUAUCACCACAUGAGCUUUGGGGCUAUAACUGUCAAAGGCCCAGAGUGAUGACUAUGGAAGACUAGUUAGAAGUCAGCCAGUUAUUCUGUGUGAACUGGCUAUAAAGGCACUGAUAAAGCCUUUGUCACUCAGCCCUCAUCCUACUCCAAGCCAUUCUUAGUCACUCCCUUUGAUGCAAAACGGUUAAAGGGAACUUCUGAAUCCCAUUCUAUUAUCUAAUUCUCAACUAUGGAGAAGCAGCUUGGGAAACUGGCUACCUUCCUACCAUUCAUUUGUAUGUCUCCCUCUGCCACAAAGUCCUGUAGUUGUUUCCCUCUACCUUUUAGCUGACUGGAUUUCUUCUCUGAGUUGCCAAGGUUCCUCUGCUGUAUCAAAGAUGGGCUCAGAAAUGCAAGGGGGACAUUUCAGGAUAUUCCUUUGACCCUUUGUGGCCUGGGAGAUAUGAGAUGUCCCUGGCCAAAGCUCUGUUAAGGGAUUGUUUGAUGCUGACCACCCUCUUUUAUUCAUUUGAGACAGAUACCUAGUCAUUUUUUAGGACCAAAUUGGCACUUCCAAGGCUUCAAGUCUGGCCAGGUUCUUUUUCUACACUGGCGCUUCCCUCCCUAGCUUGGAAAUAUUUAUUUAUUUAUCAUAUGGUUCUUGGGAACAGGGGGUGUUGGGAUUAGAUUAGAGAAGAACCUGAGACUGCCCUUACCCCAAGAUUAUUUCUGGAACUAUGAAGUUCUUUCAGACAUAGGACUUAGAAGGUUGAGGUAUUUUAGGACCUUGUGCUUUUCCCACCCCCUUCCUCUCAUCUUCAAUUGGAGGCUCCCCUAGGAAACCCAGGAGUUAACCCUUUCUUGGUGCCUCCCUUUCUACCACCUCUUCCAUUCUUUCCCCUUAUAAACGAGAGCUUGAAUAUAUUGUGCUUUACAGUGGAGGGGUGCUCAAGAAAUCUCUGUGUAUAUGGAGACAACAAUAAAGUGACAUCAGGCCA